CGAUGGCAAAGCAUAAGAGAUGCAGACGGAAAAGGAGAGCCCGGGGAAGAUUUCGACUGGAACAAAAGAGAGACGCUGCAAAGCCCCAGGGCUCCGUUUGUCCUUCCCCACGAUCACCAGCUGACCUCCCUCUGAACAUAACACCCUUCCCAAGGUGCUCCCUCUGGCCACCAGCCUUGCCCAGCAUAAAAGAUGUGGUAAAACCCUUGGAAUCAGCAGCAAAAACUGUGAUAAAACCCUUGGAAUCAGCAGCAUGGCUUCUGUGCUGGUGGGGCCAGAACACGGUUGCACAGAGUUUUAAGGUGGUUAAAGACACCGUCUUUCCGUCACAAAUCUACUUAAGGGAACUAAAUGCGUUGAGAGAGCAGCUGGAAAAGCUGGAAAGCGAAUUUUCCAAGCUCCAAGAAACACUCCAGAUGAACGGACCUGCAGCUUUAUCUCCAGAAAAUUCUCUUUGCCAAAGGUGUCACAGACCAGUCCUGGGUGCUCCUGUACAGACACAGAUGAACCUGCUGUCAUCAGUGCCUGCUCCUCCACCUCCACCACCUCCUCCUCCGCCUCCUCCUCCUCCCCCUCCUCCUCCUCCACCACCACCACCACUGCCCCCAACAAACCUGCCUCCAGCACCUCUCCUCCUCAAACGGGGCUCUGGCUCCAAAGCACCUCUGGCCCCGCCAGUGAAGAAGGACGGGCCGAUGCAGAUCACGCUCAAAGACCUCCUGAAUGUCAAGCUGAAGAAGACAAACAACCUGAGAAUGGACAAGGCAGAAUCACCAGGGAAGCCACGCAGGGCAUUAAUUACAGUCUCAGAUCUACAGAGUAUUAGUUUGAGACCUAAAUCCAAGCCAUCAGCUCACGUCACAAAUUCCUUAAUUACUCCCCCUAAAAAUCAGAUUGACCUUCGGAAACACCUGAAGAAAGUCAAUAUCCAAAGAAGCCCUGGUGGCACUCCUCUAAAUAACAAAGAAAACAUUGAAUGUGGCUCUGGGUUGACACCAAUAAUGACACAGGCCCUGCGACGCAAAUUCCAGAUGGCUCAUCCGAAGAGUCCCUCCCCUGCCCGGUUAAGUGCUGCAAACAGCUUUGAUGAGAAGUAAAAAGGAAAGUAUGUUUAUGGAA